AUGUUCAAUUUUAUAAGAAAAUGUUCAAUUUUAUUUGUUCUUAUUGAUAUAUUUCAAUGUACAAUUCAAAUAUCUACAAAUAAUACAUUAAAUUUAUCAUUCGGUUUUUUUUGUAUUUAUUGUGGUCAAAUAGAUCAUAUAAAUUCUCAUAUAUCACUUAUUGAAUCAAAAAGAUUUAUUGAUUGCUCUCAACCUUAUCAUAUUUAUUGUUCAUAUAAAGAAGCUAUUGGUUGUGUUAAAUAUAUUAAAAUAAUUGAUUAUCAUAUUGAUAUUAUAAAAGAUUGUCUUCGUUUUACUGAACUUUCAUCAUUAUCAAUAUUCGAUAUUCAAUGUAAAUCUGAAUAUUCAACAACAAAUAUUAAUAUAAAAGAAAAAAUCUUUUGUUGUAAUAAUACGCAUUUUUGCAAUCAAACAUCAUCAUUAUAUUUAUUAACUAAAAAAUGGUUACGGGCAUUGUUUUAUUUCCUGAUAUUUCUAUUUUAUUAUUAUCAUUCGAUAUAA